AUGGUUAUCGUAACAAUCGGCACCGAAGAGGUGUGCUCCAGAUGCACUUCACCUAACGUCACAGCGCUGACGGAGGCCAUCGACAUCCUUCAAAAAAAUCUUCCUCGUGGUUUUAUUGUGCUGUUGGGACCAAUCCAUGUAUCGUUCCCCCACGAGCUCAAAGGAAACCUGCUGAAAUCUCGCUGUGAAUGUUCAAGAGAAGCAUCGAAUACGUUGAUGGAAAGGCUUAGUGCUGACUGGAAAAAGGCAUUCGAGGAUCUCCAAGAGCACGUGGAUAAAAACCCAUUCAGGGCUUCCACAUUUGGUAUUCUUGCAAUUCCUGAGCUUACAAUAACCUCUCGAUAUCCUUACGGUUUAUUUAUUCCCAAUAAGCCACUGCUCAACAGGAGAGGACACAAUUAUGCAACGAAAUGGCUUUGGAACCGCUUGAUUGCUGGCGAAAACUACAACCUUUCAGCAGCAGUACUGUCGCAAGACGCUUACUUCUGCCCUUCCAUUGGGUGCCCUUAUUUUCGCAAUACGGCAAACAUUCAUGGCUGCCAAUUGCUAAGCCUCAGUGAGGCAAAGGAAAAGGAACUCCACUUGGGUGUCGAUGGCAAAGUUUUGAAAACGAAAAGGCGAACACCAGAGCGCUUGUAUACCAUCGCAGUUUGUAUAGUGGGUAUAGCGUUCUUUGUCGUUUGUACGCUGGGAACAGUGUUUUAUCAGAAGAGCAAACAGGGUGAGCAUGGCCGGUUCGAAAUCGUCGACGAGGUGCAGAAAAAGUUCGAGGAGGCUCAAAAGGAAGAAGAAAAAGCGCUCUUGACAAAACAGGUCACAAGAGGGAUGUCUAUGAAUGAAGGCCUCCAGAGGAGCACGCGAAGACUUACAGGAGAGGAAGCGUAG